AUGGCAGAAAUGGCAAAGACUAUAUUAGCACUUUACAAGAUUAUACCUCAAUACGUUCUUGGUAGUCUCCCGGCCAUUGCAAUUAUGGGAGAUUCCCCCUAUAUUGAAUUUCGUGCAAAGUUUAUGUGGUUGCUUAGGUGUCUUGGAUGCCCUUUUGAUGGACUCUUUCAUUCCCUCAACGUUGGAGGUAAUGAAGUAUCCCGCUGCAUAUACUGGCUUUCAGAAUAUAACUUUACGGUCGUGGAGCACACAAAUAACGAAGAAGAAACAAACGACAAAGAAGUCACAAAAGGAACAGAUCGUCAUCCAAAAUACAGACCUUUUGGAUUUCAUGCAAUGAAACUAAAUAUAGAGAAAAAUAAGCAUAUAAAUGAAUAUGUGGAACGAUGCACGGCAAAAGCAUCCGUGCUAGAAAGAUUAUCUUCAUUGGUUUCAGCAUAUUACAUAAUGGUCGGUUUAGUUGCAGGAUUUUCCAUGGUUCAAGGAGAAAUAGUUUGUGAAGGUUGGGCAUAUUUACCAUUAUUAUUGUCUUGGACAAUUCCAGCAAUUUGGAGAAGAGGAUUUUACGGGAUUCUAAUAGUCAAAGAUCCUAGCGAAGUUUUUGACAAGAUACAAAUUAUUGUGGAUAACGAUCCUAAAGAUAAACUGAAAUUUCAUAAACGUGCAACCGUUACGUUAACUGCUUUAUUAUCAAUAGUUUAUCCUUGGGUGACAGUACUUAUCGUCUACUUUACACCCCCGGUUGGAUAUUUUUGUCGCAGCAAAUAUGUAACAGUAAUCACCUCCAUCUGGUCAUUUAACAGUGCUUUGGCCUAUUUUUGGCAUAUAAAAGGAGAAAGUGAUUUAAUCAUGUCUGGGGAAGGGUUCUUACAUGUUUGGUUUUCCACGUGUGGUUUUAUAGUGGCAUAUCUCUUGUUAUUUCUAGGCAUCUUUACCGGGUAUAAUACAUUGUGGGUUGAUUUAUUCGGGGAUGCUUGUGAUUUAUCGAACAUAGGAUGCUAUUGA